AUGACUUUCACCGACACACACCGGAUGUUGAUCAAACAUGGCAGCGACCUUGUGGUUCCAUGAGACUCUGAUGUGAAUUUUAUAAUUGAGAAGAAAUGAAGAUUUAUACACGUUUGUAUUGUGUAUAAUCAGUCAUGUUCUCAGCACUAAAGAGUGUAUUUUUGGGCUUUGCCCGGACAUCAAGCCAGCCAGAUGUCCUGCAGAGCAGCAUGAAGGUGGUGUCAGCGGGACUGAGGACUUACGCAGUUCCUCCAGAUUACAGCGACGUGGUUCUACCGGAGAAGCCGAAGCUCAAAUUCCUGGAAAAGGUCCCGAGUUUGAAACAAGCCAAGAAGGAGAUGAAGAAACUGCGGGACAUCCAGGGGCCGGCCAAGAGCUCCAACACCUUCACCAGAGGACAGUACGGCAUCGUGGCUCUGGGCGGCGGGUACCUGCACUGGGGUCACAUGGAGAUGAUGCGUCUCACCAUUAACCGCCGCAUGGACCCCAGCACCACCUUCGCCCUGUGGCGCUUCCGGGCCCCGCACAAGCCCAUCACGCGGAAGGGCCUGGGUCAGCGCAUGGGCGGCGGCAAGGGCGCCAUCGACCACUACGUGACCCCGGUGAAGUGUGGCCGGCUGGUCCUAGAGGUCGGAGGUCACGUGGAGCUGGCUGAGCCGGUGCUCACAGAAGUGGCCAAGAAGCUUCCCUUCCCAGCCAAGGUGGUGAGCAGAGAGAGUCUGGCGGCGCUGUAUCAGGAUCAGGCCGAGCGCGAGAGCAAUAACCAGAACCCCUGGAGCUUCGAGCGGGUCGCGAGGGCAAACAUGCUGGGCCUUCGGAAAGUCCUGAGUCCGUUCGACCUGCGCAAUCACGGCCGCUACGCUGGGAAGUUUUUCUACCCCGCACGCGUGUAGAGUGUGUGUGUGUUCAGAGAUAACACCGCAGAGCUGAUGAACACACACUCCAGCAGGAUGUGUGUGUGUGAUAAUCUUCAGAUCCAUAUCACUGCUUCUG